CAUUACUUCGCGAUGGUGACUGCGGGAGACAUACUACCGUAAAAUACAUGCUAUAUAAUUUUGGAUUUCACGUAGGUCAGGUGUCACGGUGAAGGCUCUUCCAUCUUCUGCCUCCCGCCUGUUUCAUUUAGACUAAGUAUCACUGUAGUCGCUGCCUUUCAGUGUUGUAUAGUAUUACAUUAGGUUUUGUUUUUUUUUUUUGUUUUGUUUUUAUUAUUUUGCGUUCAGAUGGCGGCGCAGGUAGACUACCUGGUGGUGGUUUUCACCGCCACAUCUGGCACGAGCGGAGAGCUGCUGGGAUCUGACGAGAAAGAGCUCGUGCAGUUGGUUUGGCAGUUGGUGGAUGUAAAGAACAAAACGUUGGGCAAGGUGAAUGAGCUCCUCAUUAAACCUGACCUCUUAGAGUUGACAGAAGAAAAAGCAGAGGAAGAUGUGGUGGAGGAGAGCCGGGAAGAGGAGAAUGGGUCUGGAGCACAUUGUGUAUCCACAGCUACAAGUAUUGAUAGUGCUUUAAACCUGUUUAAUCUACAACUGACGAAUGAGGUGAACAGCGCGGGCGCAGGCACGUCAUUGUGUUUGUGUACAGACGGGCAGCUCCACAUCCGUCAAGUGAUUCACCCUGAGGCUGCAAGCAAGAACAUCCUGAUACCGGACUGUUUCUACUCCUUCUUUGACCUUCGGAAGGAGUUUAAGAACCACUUCCCCAGAUCUGACCUCAAGGCUUUGAAUGUUCACAUCAUGGCAAACUCUCUUAGUAUACCUGUUGAUGAGCCCACCAGGUGGGAUCCCUUGACUCCUCAGGAUCCAUCGGCCACAUUGUCAGCAGAAGUAGCUGUGCAGCAGGCCCGGCUUAUGUCCAGCAUUGUUCUUGCACUGCUCUCUGAGCCAUUUUGCCACACAUUUUCUAAUCCAGAGAGAGUCAGCGAGAGGUUUGAGAGUGGCACUUGCAGUAAGAUGGAGAAAGUGAGCGACAACACAGUGAUCAGAGCCAGAGGGUUGCCAUGGCAGUCUUCUGACCAGGACAUUGCUCGGUUCUUCAGAGGCCUCAACAUUGCCAAAGGAGGGGUUGCCCUGUGUCUCAAUGCUCAGGGGAGAAGAAAUGGAGAAGCACUUGUUCGUUUUGUCAGUGAAGAACACAGAGAUUUGGCACUGCAGAGGCACAAACACCAUAUGGGCAGCAGAUACAUUGAGGUUUAUAAAGCAAUGGGAGAAGACUUCCUGAAGAUAGCAGGAGGUACUUCCAAUGAGGUGGCGAUGUUCUUGUCACGUGAAGACCAGCUCAUAGUGAGGAUGAGAGGUCUUCCUUUCACCGCCACACACGAGCAGGUGCUCGCUUUCUUCUCUCCGGAGGAUGGGCAAAAAGAGACGUGUCCAGUCAGCGGAGGGAAGAAUGGCAUCCUAUUUGUUCGUUACCCAGAUGGGCGUCCCACUGGAGAUGCUUUCGUUUUGUUUUCCUGUGAGGAACAUGCUCAGUGUGCUCUGAGAAAACACAAGGAAAUUCUUGGGAAACGAUAUAUUGAGUUGUUUAAAAGUACGGCAGCAGAGGUGCAACAGGUGUUAAACCGGUACUCAUCGGCCCCCCUGAUCCCUGUAGCCCCAGCCCCCCUAGUUUCAAUGCUACCCACAGUGUCUCUCUUGCCCCCUCCUGGCAGUGUGAGGGACUGCCUGAGGCUGAGGGGGCUGCCUUACACUGCAAGUAUAGAGGACAUCCUCACCUUCCUGGGCGAGUUUACACACGAUAUCAGACAACAUGGUGUGCACAUGGUGCUCAACCAGCAGGGCCGUCCAUCAGGUGACUGUUUCAUCCAGAUGAUUUCAGCAGAGCGGGCACAUCAGGCCUCACAGCGGCUUCACAAGCACGUGAUGUCCAGCCAGCGUGGGGCAAACAACCGUUAUGUGGAGGUCUUUCCCUGCAGUGUAGAGGAGAUGGGUCUGGUGCUGAUGGGAGGCUCGCUCUCACAUAUGCACACACAUACACACACCCGGAGCAGGAGUAGGACAGGGCUCAGCCCGCCGCCAUGUAAGUCCAGACGUCUAUCUCCACCAUCCUACACCUUUGCCCCUGUUCCACCUGUGUUGCCCACAGAUGCUGCUGCUGCUCUCUACCCUCCCAUUGGGCAGAUGUUGCUGGCCCCUCGCCCCCUGCCACCAGGACAUGCUUACUACCCUGCUUCAGCUCAGCUAUACAUGAACUACACAGCCUACUACCCCAGUCCACCUGGCUCACCUACGACUCUAGGUUUCUUCCCAGCUCCUUCCCUCUCUUCCCCUGGAGGGUUGGUACGAAUGCCAGGCCUGCCUUACAACAGCAGUGGCAUUAAAGACCUCAUUAAUGGCGUUCAAGGAUACCAGUAUGCACCCGAGGAUGCUCUCAUGCAGGCCCAUGGGCUGAUGCAUGCUCACGACCCGGCUAGGACUCUGGUCCCGCAGCCCAAAGAAUGGGGUCCCGUGGAGUCAGUUUCUCUUGUGAACAGCAGUCUGACCAGUCAGUCCAGUGGAGGAGAUGGUCCUCUCAUGUCCCUUCCUUCUCUCAUGGCCAAACCAGGAGGGCAGUACAUGGAUCUGACACUGCUGUAGAGUCACUCUUAUACCCAAGUCAUGUAACAACUUGGUAUGUGUCAAAGACUUGUCAGUUUUAUUUUAGUUUUAGUUUAUUUUUUUUGUUUGUUUGUUUUUAUAAUCUUUUAGGUAUGUUAUUUAUAUCUUUGAGAUACAGAGAUAAAUGUAUUUUAUAGCUAAUUCAUUAUGGCCUUAGCCCAAAAAUGGCAUUUUUUUAUUUCUUAUAUUGCACAAUGUGUACAUUAAAAGCUUUAUAGAGAUUUUAAACCUGUUAUGUUCUUGUAAUCAAUAUGAUAUAUUUGCUAGCAUAACUAGAGAAGAAUGACUAAGUAGCUACUGAGCUAACUCUUUUCUUCCAUCUUUUCUGUGAAGAGUGAAAGUGAAAGUGUGAAAGCCAUGAGAAUGAGUGUCAUGCAUGUUUAUGUUGAAACAUUUUAUGCCCUUAUCUGUUAAUGCAAUACAUUUUAAAAGUUUAUAAACAUGUGAUACAGUACACAGUGAUUGUAUCAGAAGCUUUAGUGCAUGAAGAAGUUAAAUAAUAAAACUUUGAGAUGUUUACAUAAUGCCAAAUAUCAAUGCACUGCUAAUCAGUAGAACUAUAAAUGAGUAUAAUAGCAGUAUCUUAUGAAAACACUUGUUACACUUGUCAGACAGUCUGAGCUUUUCUGCAGACUUCAUUUACAAAAAUGUGACAACUCACAUUUCUAUA